AUGUGUGACCAGACCUUUUUGGCUAAUGUAUUUGGUCCGUGUGACUACUGCUAUGAUGAACGUCCCCUCCGGGAGGUUUACCGCAAAUCAGAGAAAUUCAACUACUGCUCGCUCUGUGUUGAAAUGAGAGAAAUUCAUCAGGUGGCGGAGCGUGUGGAGGCGCUGGGACAGUUUGUGAUGAAGACUCGGAGAACGCUGAAAGGCCAUGGCAAUAAAGUCCUCUGCAUGGAUUGGUGCAAAGAUAAAAGAAGAAUCGUCAGCUCUUCCCAGGAUGGUAAAGUGAUUGUUUGGGAUGCCUUCACUACCAAUAAGGAACACGCCGUGACGAUGCCUUGUACCUGGGUAAUGGCCUGUGCCUACGCCCCGUCGGGAUGUGCCAUCGCUUGCGGUGGGCUGGACAAUAAGUGUUCUGUCUAUCCGCUGACGUUUGAAAAAAACGAGAACAUGGCCGCAAAGAAGAAGUCAGUCGCCAUGCACACAAACUACCUGUCGGCUUGCAGCUUCACAAACUCGGACAUGCAGAUCUUGACUGCUAGCGGAGACGGCACUUGUGCUCUCUGGGAUGUUGAAAGUGGGCAGCUGUUGCAAAGCUUCCAUGGGCAUGGGGCCGACGUCUUGUGUUUGGAUCUUGCUCCCUCGGAAACAGGAAACACUUUUGUCUCAGGGGGGUGUGAUAAAAAAUCAAUGGUCUGGGACAUGCGGACUGGCCAGUGCAUCCAGUCUUUUGAAACCCACGAAUCAGAUGUCAACAGCGUCAGGUACUAUCCAAGUGGAGAUGCUUUUGCCUCUGGCUCAGACGAUGCCACAUGCCGCUUAUAUGACCUCCGCGCAGACAGAGAAGUCGCUAUUUAUUCCAAAGAGAGCAUAAUCUUUGGGGCAUCCAGUGUGGACUUCUCUCUCAGUGGUCGCUUACUAUUUGCAGGCUACAAUGACUACACCAUCAACGUGUGGGAUGUUCUGAAAGGGUCACGUGUCUCUAUUCUGUUCGGGCAUGAGAAUCGCGUUAGCACUUUGAGAGUUUCAUGUGACGGGACCGCAUUCUGCUCGGGAUCAUGGGAUCACACACUAAGAGUCUGGGCUUAACCCUAAGCACUGACUCCAAACUAUGCGUCAAAACUGACAUCGUAGGACACAAAAAUGAAAUCUACAUUUUCAAAAAGAAACAGAAAUCUGCCACAAAAAGAAACAACCUGGAACAAUCUGGUAGUCAAACGAUUGAAUAAUAUUUUGCCAGGGUUAUCCAACCAUUGCCCAAACACGACUAGUUAGAGAAGGUAAUAAAUACACUUUUGUCAUACAGUGGGUGGUGGCGGUGGGGUCUGUGUGUGGUACAAUAAGUUGUUUUUAAUUCUGUUUUUGAAACGACCUUUAUUUCUUAGCAAAUAGUUUAACAAUUCCAAAAGCCAGACUUCUAUCAAAAUAACAUGUAAAACAGACUUUUGUGUUUUAGUGCACACUAUGUGUAUAGUAUUUUGCAUGAAUUAGAUUUCUUCUGAAAGUCAACUCAGAAAUAAUACAGACUCCUACCUUCGUCAAGGUUUCUUCAGGCUCAUUUGCACACUCCCAUAAAGGCAGCGAGAGAGAGAGAAUGCCUGACUCCCACUUUAUCUGCC